UGAAGCUGCAAGUGCACUUUGAACAAGUGAAACUCUUUGUCUCUUGCAUGCAAAUCCGUAUCACUUUUGUAGACUCUAUAUCUUGGAACUUGCUACCUGAAAUAAAACGUUCAAAGGCGACCUGUUUUUUAAAUACAUUUCAUAUUUUAAAUAAUCGAUAUAGGCUAAACUUAUUAUUGCGUCUGGGAUGUCUGACUGCGAUAUUUCUCGCAGCUUUUUGCAAAUCAAUGAUCAAAGCAGUUUUAUGCUUCAAAGAUGCGAGAGCUCUGGUGAUGACGAUGAUGACUGGAGACUUAAAAGAAGGGAAAAUAACAGGGUGGCAGCACAGAAGAGCCGAAACAGACAGACACAGAGAGCAGAUGAGCUGCAUAAGGCAUAUGAGUGUCUGGAUCAGAAGAACAGGCUGCUGAAGAAGGAGGUACAGUUUCUGUCUGAGGAGCAAAUGCGUCUGACUGAGGCCCUCAAGGCCCAUGAGCCUCUCUGUCUAAUCAGGCACUGUGUUCCCACCCUGGGAUCUGGGCCCAGAGAUCUAGGGGUCCUCUCCAGUCUGCCCAGAUAGCCACCAUACCAUGCAAAGGUCACAGAGACAAACCAACAUGGCAGACUUGUAAACAGACUUUGUACUCUCUGUGUCAAUUAGAUUUGUAUAGCUUGAAUCAAGUUGUAAUCAAAUAAUUAUAGGUUGAAGUAAUGAGCUUUGUUUCAGAUGUUCAAAUGGCUUGUCCUGUUUAAAAUGUGUUGUAUAAUAAAUUGCAAAUACAUUGCA